GCUGACAUUCUGAAAUAGUAAUUUCAAUUUAAUUGGCUUUAAAAAGUUAACAUUUCACAAAUUUUAUCUUCAAAAUGCCUGUAUUAGUUGUAGAAAAUUCCGAAGACUACCAAAAAGCUAUAAGCGCCGACAAAACGACCGUUGCUUUAUUCUCCGCCGAGUGGGCCGAACAAUGUGCUCAGGUCAACGAUGUGCUCAAGGAGCUCGCCAACAUUCUGGGCGAUAAGUUGCAAUUCAUCACACUUAAUGCUGAAAAGUUUCCAGACAUUUCAAUGAAACACCAGAUUGAAGCGGUGCCAACAGUUAUAUUCUUCAACAAGGGCUCCGCUGUGGAUCGUGUGGAUGGUGUAGACAUUGCCGCCAUUAGCAGCAAGUCAAAGAAGCUGGCCGAAAGUGUAAGCAGCGCUGCUGCCACGGGUCAAACUCUGGAGGAUCGUCUGAAGGCCCUUAUCAACAAGGCACCGCUCAUGAUAUUCAUGAAAGGCGAUCGAAAUGCACCUCGCUGUGGCUUCUCAAAGCAACUUAUUGCCAUUGUUAAUGACACAAAUUUACCUUACGAGACUUUUGACAUUCUUUCUGAUGAAGAAGUUCGACAGGGCUUGAAGACUUAUUCCGACUGGCCCACAUAUCCUCAGGUGUAUGUAAAGGGCGAACUAAUUGGUGGCUUGGACAUUAUUAAAGAACUCGUGGCCAACAAUGAGCUGGAAGCGUCGCUUAAAGGUUAACUUAUCAAGAACAACUUCCCCAAUAGACUCAAUGAAUCAGGAACAAAGACAUCGCUUCUUAAAAAUGUACAAUGUCCAAUGACUUUUAUAUAUAUAAAAUAAAAGCAAACUUUAAACAAUA